CAAACACACACACACACACACACACACGGAGAGAGAGAGAGAGUCGCGCGCAGUGUGAGUCCAUCAGAGCAGAGACAUCAGAGGAGACACGAUGGGUUGCCUGGACUGCUGUAUAAAGUGUUUAGGGGGCGUCCCGUACGCCUCCCUGCUUGCCACCGUGCUGUGUUUCUCGGGCGUGGCUCUGUUCUGCGGGUGUGGUCACAUAGCCCUGAGUGGCACCAUCACCGUCCUCGAGAACAACUUCUACACCAACGGAGGCGACUCCGCCCUGCUCACGCCCAUAAUCCAUCUGUUACAGUAUGUUAUUUAUGGCAUCGCCUCGUUCUUCUUCCUCUACGGGAUCAUCCUGUUGGCUGAGGGCUUUUACACCACCAGCGCGGUGAAGGAGCUGCACGGAGACUUCAAGACCACCAUCUGCGGCCGCUGCAUCAGCGCCAUGUUUGUCUUCCUGACGUAUGUUCUCGGAGUGGCUUGGCUCGGAGUCUUCGGCUUUUCCUCCAUUCCAGUUUUCCUGUUUUAUAACAUCUGGUCCACGUGUGCGUCCAUGGGACCUCCAGGCAACUCCUCUGUGUGUGUGGACAUGCGGCAGUACGGUAUUAUCCCGUGGAGCGCUACUCCAGGUGCUGCUUGCGGCGAGAAGCUUCUCAACGUUUGUAACUCGCACGAGUUCUACCUGUCCUACCACCUGUACAUCGUAGCAUGUGCUGGAGCCGGCGCCACCGUCAUCGCCAUGUUCAUCUACAUGAUGGCUACCACUUAUAACUUUGCCCUUCUGAAGUUUAAGAGCAGAGAAGACUGUUGCACUAAGUUUUAAACUCGCGCAGGAAUCGUGUGGACAAACAGUGAAAGGAGAAACGAGAAAAGAACCCAAACAGUAACUCACCAUGCGGUGUGUAAAUAGAAUUAAAUAACUGUAUCUGUGUUUAGCUUUCUUAGACGCGCGGAGCUCAGCAGUUUCCUAGCUAGCUUUAAAAAAAACAUUCAAUAGAGAUCAUUUACUUUGAAUGAACUAACAAAAAAGUAAUAAUAAUAAUAAUAUAAAUGCUGGUUAUGCUAGCAUUAAAAGGGCCGGUUUGAGCGGAAACCCUAUGCUAAUUUUUCACUUUUUACAAAUGUAGAUAAUUAGCCAAGCCAUUCAGCAUUAACGUUGCUUAGCUACCAGGCUAAUAAAGCUAACAAGUCCACAGUUAACACUAUAGCGCGCACACACACACACACACACAGACACACACACACUUGCCUUGCUGACGCUGCUAGAAACACCAGCUGCCUUCUAAGCUUUUCUUAAAAGCAAGAAGCUAAAAAUUUUUAUACAUAACGUCUUCGCUAAAUUUACAAGAAAACUCUGUAAAUAAAUAAAUAAAACAAAACAAAAAGAAAACCGGGACUUAAACUUCAGUUUUUAUGCUCUAAAAUAACUAACCAGAAAGAAAAAUUAAGUCGCCGUGUAAAAUAUGAGCACUAAAGGUGGAGUUUAACAGCGUGUGAAAACUUUAGCAUGUGGCUAACACGGUGCUGCUACAUUCUGAUUGAACCAGCAACAGUGUUUGAGAAGAAACUCUCUCACAACUGUAGAAUUGUUACGUCAUAUGCUAGCUCUACAUUAUGCUAGCAUUGCUGCAAGGCUAAUUCAGGAAACAACCAGUCAGCUAGCACUGAGUUAACAUUGUAGCAUGUGUACAGUUAGCAUGAUCCGUCAGUUAGCAUGAUCAGCAGUUAGCAUGAUCCGUCAGUUAGCUGCCAUAGCCGCGUUGCUACAGUCUGUUCAUAAAAAAAACAUAAUGAAUAAUUAGAGAAUGCUAAUUUCUGAAUAUUAUAAUGGAGAGGACAGACAUGAAGUCCGUCCCCGUCCCCGUCCCCCCAGCACCCCCGACGUACCCUCCGUUUCUCAGGACUCAGGUCCACAUUUUAACUCGUGUAUCUUUUAUUAUUUAGACGGUUCUUUCUUUUUAUAAAGCAGAACAGCUGCAUGCUAUUUUUUAUUAUAUUUUCUUAAGUUUCAGUAAAUGUUUACUUUUACUCAGUGUAAGCUUUAACUUCUGAAAACAAUUGUAGCCUUUUUUUGGCAAAUAAAAAAAUAAACAUGUUUUGUUUACAAAACCA